GUUGAUGUCUUUUCUCGCUUAAAAGAAAAAUAAUAUAAGGAAAAUCCAAAGGAGCCAAUUGCCCACUGUAGUAUGCAGAAGGAAGAUCCAUUGUUUCCCCCUCUACAGGGUCAUCUUCCUCCAGAGCCGUGGCCUCUUGUUAGUCCCGCAACUGGCUAGGUUUUACGCUACGCCAAAAAUAUUGCAGCUUAUCAAAGCCGCAUUGAGUGGUUAGUUUAGUCAGAAAUCCCAUCUUCCUUUUUCUCCACAAUUCAAUCCUACUCUUUUUUUGUCCCACUCUCGACCUCUUUCCGAUUUCUCUGCUUAUGGUGAAUGCUCGAUGUGAUGCUUUCCAGUGGAAUGAGUCGUUUCUGCUGAGGGGUUUCGCGCUUCGGGGUCUUCUCUGAAAUUGGUUGCCGUUGGAUUGUUCAUAUCCUGUUUAAAGGUUUCGGAUGUGUGGGUUUUCUCUCGAUUGAUGGGAUUCGGAAGAGAACAGUAGUGGUAUGAACGUUGCUGCCCCUUCCCUUUGCGAUUGUGUUUUUGAGCAGGUGAAAUCUGUCAUUUCGGUGUUUUCCUAUGCCUUCACUCUAGACGGUGUUGAUUUCCAUCAUCGUCCGGCGGUUUAGUCUCUGAUUUUGGAGUGGUUGAUUAGGUUUAAGUGCAGCAGAUCUAUUCAUUCUUGAUUUUGAUUUAGGUUUCUUUCAUGGUAAAAGGAGGGCAGUCGGUGUUGAAUACUUGGGGGAUGCUCAUUUUGCUGAAUGAAUAGCAGAAAUGGAUCUGUGGGUUGUUGGAGCCGCUGCAGCUGCUGGGUACAUAGCCAAACAUUGGCAAAAUAAUUCCAAGUCUGUAUCGGAUUCAUCUAGUGAGGUUUUAACAUAUGAUAAACCUGAAAGUCCUAGCUGUCCCAUAAGUAGAUUAAUUCACAGGAAGAUAUUUUCAAAAGAUAGUGUCACUGGUGGAAGAAGGACAGACUCCGAUGACAGAUUCUCGGAUGUCUAUUCUGUAGAUGGUCACUCAGAACCCGAAGCAGUUUCUUCUAGCAAUUAUGUGGAAAACCCCGGAGGCUCAGGAGAUUAUCAGGAUUGGAAUGCACCUCUAGGGCCAUUCAUUCAACCAGGAUUCUCAAUGGUUGGGAAUAUGAAAAACUUUGUGGGUGCCUGUGACUCAAGUUCUGACACAAUUAACUAUCCCUCUCAGCAUUGUAGUAAUGGAAUGGACUUCAAUAGUCGCUCUGGGAGGAAUAGAAGUUCUCUGAGAAAAAGAUAUCCUCGAACUCAUUAUAUUAAACCUAUAAAUUCUCUUGAAAGUUGCCUUGUGACUCAGUUAUGGAACGAUCACACUGAAACAGAAGAGUAUGUGUUUGGUCCCCUUCCAUCACCUUCUACACCUAUGAGACCAUUACUUGUAACCAAUGGAAGUCAAAUAAUUAGCAGAUCCUGUCUCAAAUCGCGGUGUGUGAAUAAUACAAGUGGAGAGUGCAACGAAGAAGCAAUUGUGUGUGGGGUUCCUUCAUUACCUAAAAUCGGGACUUCGAAACCUGGACAGAAGAUACAGUCUGGGAGAGGCAAGGAGUGCAGUCAAAAGCUAACCAGCUUUGAUAAACAGAGGAGAAGCAGCAUAAGUCAUCCACUAAAUGGGUCAAUUGGUGAAAACGUUUCAUUCUUUCUUGGGAUUUCUAUUGGUGUAAUUUCUUCUCUUGUGGCUAACAAAAGGGAAGUUGAGAAGCUAAAAGACUCUUUAAAGCUGACUCAGAAUCUGGUUCAAGAUCUACAGGAGGAACUUGAGAUGAAGGACUUGGUUACUGUGAAGGAGCUUGCGGCUAAUGAGAAUUAUAAAUCACAGGCUACCAGUGAGAAUUUCUCUGACAAGUCAGAUCCGAAAUUGCUUUUCCAAGCUCAAAAUGAGAACACAGAAUUGAACAAUGAGAACGCAAAGGCUCCAGAAUAUAUGAGUAAAAUUGAAGCAGAGCUUGAAGCUGAACUGGAGAGGUUGGGACUCAACAUGAAUGCAUCAAGUAUAGAGGGGAAAUUCUCAGGUCCUAUUGAUCUUGAUCCAGACUUUGUAGCAGAUUUUGCUCAUGGCGAACUGAAGGUUGACAUCAUCAGGGACGGUGAUGAUGCCAAUACUGAAACAGAAAAAGAUGCAAGUGGGGCCUCAACUACCCAUUCUGGAGACCAUGCAGUUUCACCCAAAGAGCUGAGCCUUCGUCUGCAUGAAGUCAUUCAAUCCAGGCUGGAAGCUCGAGUGAGGGAGCUCGAGAUAGACCUCGAGAGUAGCCAAAGAAAGGUGCACCAGCUUAUGGAAUCAGAAGAUCAUAGCCUUGUUUGGAGAUUGUCAAGCAGGGAGCUUAGAUACUCUUCUUCCGGGGAAGAUGGUAGUCCAGUUGUUGGUCAAGUUGGUGAUUUCAGCAGUGCCAAAAUGGCCCAACAACCACCUGUUGUUAUGAACCUUUCAGGGGAGGCUCUGGAUGCUUAUAACGAGGUAUAUGAAGAGCUCGGGAAGAUGAAUGAGUCGGUGGAGGAAGAGGAUGAUUCUCCGACAUCAUUUUAUGAGGACUUCACACAACAUAAAGAGGAAUUACUGGAAACAGAAGCACAGUACAGUGAUAAUAUUGCGAGUGAGGAAGAAAGUGAUUCGAAUGAGGAUAUGGAGGAAUUGAUAAAGCGCAUAGUGGAGAGGACAAAAAGAGGCUCUCCUGCAGUGGUGAAUGCACAAAUGAUGUUGAGUUCUAUUGACGAGAAAUUACGUUAUUGAACUGGGAAAAUUGAAGACAUGAAGUUUUGUACUGUGUACAGAGGGAUAUGUUUACACAAAACGAGUCUUCUUUAAGAUUGUGUUCCAUCCUUCAAACUGGAAGUAGUUUAAUGGAAGCGAGCUGAAAGCAUGGUAGGAUUGUUGUUAUAUCGAAGACGUUGCUUGUUGUGGACGACAACUUUCUUCUAACAUUGUUAUAUGAUGUAAUUUUAGUGACAAUACACAAGGGUUGAUAUGCAAUGUUACUAUUCCUAUAAACAACUUCAUGUAUACUAUG